AUGCCUGCUUCUGAGCCGCUAGAACGCCGACAGCUACGGCAUGCACUGCGUGCACUAACGAGUCGAAUCAAAAACUCUCAAGUCCUCGAAUUCUAUCAGAACACGGCGAAAGCUUAUGACAUCGACAUUUUGCUCAUGGAGUUAGGCCAAUCAAAAUCCAGGCCUAUCUUUUUUAUCCCAUGUCCUGCCUCCCUACUUCUGACUCCGAGUGAUGCCUAUGAAGAGGAAGGACGAGAAUUCCAUGAUUUUGAUGCAUUCCACCCGGACGAUAAAAGCCCGAUGACCUGUGCAUAUUGGUUACCAGAUUUCGUCGCCGAGGGUUCACAAACACGUAUCAAAGCCUUUACGUACCACAACAUGAACGGGACAGACAACAAGAUUCUGCGGGGCGAGGUCAUGGUUGUCCUGCGCUUGAUGAUCGCGCAGUUGAGGCGAGUCCGCUACAUCGAGCAGCUGACUGCACCGGUCCUGCUAUUCUCCUUCAUGGGACCCCAACAUGCUCGACUGGUCGAGGCAUAUUUCAACGACCCCGCUAGGAGUGCGUCCGACGCGCUUAUUUGA